UCUCGAGUCAGCAUUUUCGGCCGUAGAAGGAACAUCGCGCCGUAAAGCCACUCCGUUUUUAUUUUAAAAAGUUUCUUUUUUUAUCACAUUAAUACUUUUAUUUAUUCAUUUUAUUAGUUUUGGACGAUUAUUCAUCGUUUUAUUAUUUGUUCCACUAGUCACUGCCAGUAUAUACCAAAAAAUUUAAUAAUUACGGCGUGUUAAGACUGAGAAGGCAGGCGUUUGAAGCCCAGGUUUUAUGGAGUACUAACUUUGAAUUUGUACAGGUUUAUCAAUGACCUAGCCCACUAAUGAAAUGUUGUCAUGGAAGUUAGAUAGCAUUUGAUUCAACCAAAUAUAGUCAAAACACAUUAGGCUUUAAUAGGAAAAAGAAUUAUGGAAGACUGGAAUGUGAAACUCCCUUACACGAGUCCAGAAUGUAAAGAUCAAUAUUGUACAUAUUCCUAUAAAUCAUGGUGUCUUAGCUGUGAAAAUGGUUUAUCCAGGAGGAGAUCCAGGAGUGAAACAAAUGAGUAUUGUAAAAAGAGAUCUAGGGACUUUAGAACAUUAACUCCUAAAAAGUAUAAGUGUAAUGAGUAUGAAAAUAUGGAAGUGGAGUAUGAUUAUAAGGGUUGGCAUGAAAGUAAACCAGAUUGUUGUAGAGUAAGAUCAAACUUAGUAGAACUGCCGACGUCGUACAUUUCCAACAACUGCCAAAUGCCGCCGAUACAUCAGCAAUCAAUGUCAAAAAAUGAUGUUGACUGUUUUAAGCCGUUCUGCGCCGAUCGUCCCACCAUUUUCGAAAAUUUAGAGUCGAUGGACAGUAAAAAUAACGGACGUAGCAAAAUCAGUCCACAUAAGUUGGACCAACCCACAAAUCCGUUGCGUUCGAAGGGUUCUCCUCUUUAUUAUACCGAGGGUGGCACCAGAAUCACAGGGUCAAAUUGCCAAGAUUUUUGCCCAUAUGUGGGCUUAAGAUCACACGAUGUCCCAACAAGAAAACCGCUCUGCUUCACCACAGAAACCUACUUCAAUCGACCGAUAGACAAAGAAAAAUACUCCAAAGAAGUGGAAUAUUUAAAAGAAAAGCUGAAAAUUUUGCAUAAUUCCGUUUAUACAAACCAUCCGAACCCAGUGGGAGUAAGCAUAGUGAAUCUGGAUGCGGAACGGGGGGACGGCCUCCAAAAUAUUGCCACCAGUAUAGAAAUAAAACCAAAAGUGUUGAAGAAAAGUUUAUCCACACAAACGCCCUUAGUGAAAACAUCAAAAAGCAAAGUGUCAUUAAAGAUCAGAAAGGCGAAUCAGGGGAUUAAAAGUAAGAAGGUGAAGAGCAAAAAUGGGAUAUCAGAGAAUCCACUAAGUGUGGACAGUGGCUCAGAAAGUGACUCGGUAGAAGACGAUUCGCUCGACGAAGACCCUCCGAGCGCCUCCAGCAGCGAUCCUAUUUCAACCGACGACAGCACCAAAGAUUCCCUCGAUGUUAUCGCUAGUUUGGCGAUAUGCCAACCAGGUACCGAUGGCGUGGCGUCGUGGCCGAUCCGUUCCAGUCUAUUCCCAAACAUUCCACCCUAUAUAAAAUUCAGCUCUCACGAGCUAGAAACCCCAUUUAAAUUACCGGCGGGUAAAAAAUAUUUUAAAUGGAAACUGAGCACGAUUACGCCGAUAAUUGUAAGGAAAACCCUCACCAACAGCGGCUUCGCUCUUAUAAGAAGUGAGUUUAGUAGAGAAUCGAAUCAAUGGUUGGGCACGUGGGGUAAACACAUGAAAUCGCCCAUGUUUAAAACGUUAAAAGAUACACAGAAAUUGAACCAUUUUCCCGGUACAUUCCAUUUGGGUCGGAAGGAUCGAUUGUGGCGCAACUUUCAAAAGAUGAUCGCUAAAUAUGGCAUGAAAGAAUUCGGAUUCCUGCCUCAUACCUACGUACUACCUCAAGAAUUAAAACUUCUCAAGCAAAAUUGGGAUUUCAAAGAUGGAAAAGACAUGUGGAUUAUUAAGCCUCCGGCAUCAGCGCGUGGAGUGGGCAUAAAAGUGAUAAACAAAUGGUCCCAAUUACCGAAAAAAACCUCCCUGGUGUGCCAGAAAUACGUUAACAACCCCUACCUCAUUAACGGAAGCAAAUUCGAUUUAAGAUUGUACGUUUUAGUCACCAGUUUUCACCCUUUAAGGAUCUACCUUUACCCGGACGGUUUAGCGCGGUUUGCUAGUGUGAAAUACAGUGAUGAUGUAAAAGACUUAAAAGAUAGGUAUAUGCAUUUAACCAAUUAUAGCAUAAAUAAGUUGUCCAGUCAGUAUACGAGUAAUGAGGAUGCCAACGCUUGUCAUGGGCAUAAAUGGACCCUUUCAAAGCUUAUGGAAUAUCUACACAAGGAGGGAGUAGACACGAAAUCCUUAUGGAAAAACUUGCAACAAUUAGUAAUCAAAACCAUCAUUUCGUGCGAACCUUUUAUCACCCCAUUAUGCGAGGACAAUAUGAACAGUUAUUAUAACUGUUACGAGUUGUUCGGGGUGGACGUUUUAUUGGAUGAACAUUUAAAACCUUGGCUGCUCGAGGUGAACAUAUCUCCAAGCUUACACAGCGCAUCGCCCCUGGACGCCCACGUGAAAGGCCCCUUAGUACAAACGUUAUUUGAUAUGGCGCAAUUCCAUUUGCCCGCUAAACUUGCCGAUUAUGUGAAGACCGCUCCCCAGUGCUUCGAUAAUCGGAUAUACGCGAGAGCGUUUACCAAGAAAGAACGUUCAAAGCAUACCAGUUUCACCCAGUUUGAUAGUAGGGGAGAUUAUGUCUAUGAUAUUUUAAAGGAAUUGACUGGUGAUGACGUGCGACAACUGAUAAGAGCAGAGGAUGAAUACGUGGUGAAAGGGAAGUUCGAAAGGAUAUUUCCGACCGCGAACACGUUCAAAUAUUUGGAUUUUAUGGAGCCGAGGUACUACAAUCGAUUGUUCGACGCGUGGGAAACGAAAUAUUCUAAUAGGAGAGAGGACGGCAUUGCACUACUUCAAACCCUAUGCGCCCAAAAAGUUCAUCUAAAAAUCGGCAACGUACCCAGUUUGAGCAAGAGUUUUCAAGCUACGAGCCAUGGACAGACAGCAGCGACUGCAGUAGCACCAUCGAUGGAAGGACAGACUCAUCUUCCGAUUAUGCCUCCUCUACACAUAGAAUUCUUAGCCAAUAAAUUGUCAACGCUAAACGAAGAAGUUAGGGUGUGAAACGGAAGUCGAUCGAAAGAAAAAUAAAAUAAGACUGCCCACGUGUUUCGUCCACCCCUUGCACCCUAUUAAAAUUGUGUAGUCAAUCAUUCAUAUUUAUGUUUAUUAAAUACUCUAUUUUUACAUGUAAUAUAAUUUUUACUAGUUUAGAAUUUUUACAA